AUGGCAGCUUUGGACGAUUGCACGAAUCCCUUGGGCAGAUUUAAAAACCGGCUUUUGGUCUUCGCCUGGUCUCCCAUGCUGAACCCAAGCGCGCGGUGGUGGAACUGCGUAAGUUUGUCGAGACUGGCGCUUGUUUCUGCCAGAGCAUCAAACGACUCAUCUGCCACUUCAAUCAAAUCCUCUGUCUCAUACGCGUCCUGUAACAGCGUCUCUUCCUGGAUGUUGAAACUGACAAGCUGGUUUUGCAACUCGUUCAAAUUGGCCUCGAUCUCCUCCUCCGGAGAGUCGUGUUUGUCUGCACGCUCUUUGGCAAUUAUGGAAACCAGUUUGGUCUUGGUGACGAUGUUGUUGAACAUUGUAGAAAGCUGUUCCUGCUCGGUUUUGUCGUCCAGUAGCAGUUUCCGCGAGGAUUUGAUUAUGUCCAAGACUUCCUUGAUUCCAGCCACCGAUUUCGCCAUAAUGCCCUUCACACGGCCCUCGGCAAUGCCCUCAAGGAUCGCCAACACGUUUCCCGGCUCGUUGUGGGCGCGUUGCUCCAUAAACAAGUCUUCAAUAAUUUGCAUCGAUUUCGGCCCAAGUCCAGCAACAUGGAACUCCAAACACCGACUGUACCCCAACCAGUCCAUGUCAGAGGCAACGGCACGCAUGAAGUUCAUCAUUAAACGGAUCUCCUUGUUCUCCCAGAAAGAUCUGCCGUGA